CGUCGCGUCGCGCCGCGCUGAUAUUUAAACCAUCCACACAUCGCGCAUGCCAGAGAUUCGAGCUGCAGCGACUUCUGCGCUGAGAACGGAAAGAUGCUGCCCUUCCCGAGCCGCCGCGUUCAUGGAUUAAGCUGGAUUUCAGGACACACCUGUAGAUUUUUCACCUGCUCUGCAUAAUGCCUUAUCUCAGACAGUUUCUGAUUUUAGUGCUCUUCCUGGGCUCGUUUGGGGAAUGCCGGAAUAAACACACCACGAGAGAGAGGAGGUGGACAGGAGCGGUGGAAACUCAGAAGCAUGGGACCUCCCUGGCAAAGAAGCCACCGGAUGUGACAAAGUCACGGCGGCUGAAGACAGAGCAGUUGUUGAAAGUGGACGACCAUGACUUUACCAUGAGGCCCGCAUUUGGAGGUCCUGCUAUUCCAGUGGGAGUUGAUGUACAAGUGGAAAGCUUGGACAGUAUUUCAGAAGUAGACAUGGACUUUACUAUGACAUUAUACCUGAGACACUACUGGAAGGAUGAGCGCUUGUCUUUCGCCAGCACCACGAAUAAAAGCAUGACUUUUGACGGGCGCUUGGUGAAGAAGAUCUGGGUUCCUGACGUCUUCUUCGUCCACUCUAAAAGAUCUUUUAUUCAUGACACCACCACAGAAAAUAUCAUGCUGAGAGUGUUCCCUGAUGGUCACGUUCUUUACAGCCUGAGGGUCACCGUUACAGCAGCCUGCAACAUGGACUUCAGCCGUUUCCCACUGGAUUCACAGACCUGCUCUUUGGAGUUGGAGAGCUACGCCUACACGGAUGAGGAUCUGAUGCUGUACUGGAAAAGUGGAGAUGAAUCUUUGAGUAUAGAUGACAAAAUAUCUCUCUCUCAGUUCCUCAUACAGAAGUUUCACACUACCUCUCGGCUGGCUUUCUACAGCAGCACAGGAUGGUACAACCGCCUGUAUAUAAACUUUACGCUUCGCCGCCACAUCUUCUUCUUCCUGCUGCAGACUUAUUUCCCUGCCACACUUAUGGUUAUGUUGUCAUGGGUGUCGUUCUGGAUUGAUCGCAGGGCUGUUCCAGCCAGAGUUUCAUUAGGUAUCACCACGGUGCUCACCAUGUCCACCAUCAUCACUGGGGUGAACGCCUCCAUGCCCAGAGUCUCCUACAUCAAAGCUGUGGACAUUUACCUGUGGGUCAGUUUUGUGUUUGUGUUCCUGUCCGUCUUGGAGUAUGCGGCAGUCAACUAUCUGACCACGGUCCAGGAGAGGAGAGAGCGCAAGCUCAGAGAUCGAGCAGUUAGAGAGCAGUCAUUACCUUGCACCUGCGGUAUGUCCCACACCAGGACCAUGAUGUUGGAUGGGACCUACAGCGAGGCUGACACCAACAGCUUGGCUGGCUACACAGAAGCUCCCAUGGUUCCUGAGGAAGUGGUGCCAGAGAAACAGGAGCACAUGGUGGUUCACCUGUCAGUGAGCAGUGAGUCCACCACCACUAAGAAAAAGGGCAUCCGGGCCUUACGCAUUAUGCAGAACACGCAUGCCAUCGAUAAGUACUCCCGCAUGAUCUUCCCGGGAGCCUAUAUAAUUUUCAACCUUAUUUACUGGUCGGUGUACUGCUGAUCAUUUUUCAGCUACAUCCAUCUCUUACUUUUAUGGACUAAUGGAGGUUUUAUACAACCAUCCUUGACUUUUUGUUGCACAUCAAACUGCAGUUACCUUUGCCAUUUUCAUGUGCAAAAAGACUGGCGAAAUGCAAAGAGAAAGUGGGUUAAAAACCUCCUCAUAUAGGCCUUUUCAGGUUUAUGACAAAUUAACUGUAAAGGAAUUAUCAGACUUUUGUACGGGCUUAUGUGUUUUCUCUUUGUUUGCGUCAUUGGACUAUUAAUGAUAUAGUAUGUACAGAGCAAGAAAGUCUGGUGUUAGCUUCUCUUUUAAAGGUGUACUAAUUAAUUUUUUCCACUGUUUUAUAGCUAACAAAAAUGAUUAGUUUUAACAAAUAGGUUACCCACUCACAUAAGAACCAGUCAUAUCAUUGGCUUAGAAAAUACAGGUGUAAAUACAUAAGGUAGGUUGCCAUGUUGAGAUCACAUGACUAGCUGUGUUGUGCAAUUUAAUAAAAAUUCAGAUAUUUAUUUAUUUAUAUAGCAUAUAUUUAUAUAGUUCUGCAGUGCUCAAGGUGCUCUACAAAACAGACAUAAAACUAAAUACAAUAUACAUAUUAAAAACAUAACCUAAAGAUCCUAGAGUUAACAAACAAAAACUAAAUAUAAAAAAGAACAAAACAAAUUUACUUUCUUAAAAUUAUUUAGUGCACCUUUAAGUCUAUUUGCUUAUCUGCACAAUGUCCAGUUUUAUUUCAUUAAGGCAAGGCAGUUCGUUUAUGCUAAGGCAAUCUUUCAUGUUGAUGUAUUGUAAUUACCAGUAACAAGAAAGAAUCUCCUUUCAGUUCGAGGUUUAUUUGGAUGUAUGUUUAUGUGGUGUGCGUGUGUUUGUAUGUGAGUGUAUUUGAUACCAUUAUAUUUCUCAUGCGAAAUAAAUAACAAUGUCUUUACUGUGGCUCAUCUGCAUGCAUGUUAAUUUUAUUGAUUAUACUUGCAUUUUUUUAUCAGUUGUACUCCAAACUGAAUUUGCCAUUAUACCUUAUAAGAAUUUAUUGCAAAGCUUCAUGCAGGUUAGCUCAUGAUAAAACGGACUGGAAUACAACUUGAAACUGCCUUGCGUGCAACAUCAGACACUAAAGGUGAUUUUGGCGGGAUGAUUUUAGUGCAUGUACAGGCAUCCCAUGCAAAAUUUUACUAUACCUGUUACUGUAAAUGAAAAAGCUGUGAACUGUACGUUUAAUCAGUAUUUGAAAGGUCAUCAUGAAGACAGUACCACUCCAUAAGAUGUAAGAUGUUUCUGUAAUUGUUGAAAAUUUAAGAAUGUAAUAUGUGUUGACCAGAAUAAGGUGCACUGUUAUUAAACAUGUUUGUAAUAUAUAUAUAUAUGUAUAUAGACCUACACAUAUUUUGUAUUUUUAAAAUGCAGUACAGAUGCAUAGGUGAAGGUUAUUGCUAGUUACGUUUUGUUACUUUGUUGAAAUGACCUGUCCUAAGAUUAUAAGUGAAUAGAUUAUAUUAAAAUAUUAAAGUGAAGAAAAUCAUAAAUAGGCCUAUAUGUUUUAGAAAUCGUUACUGCCGUGUCCUGACAAAAGGCAGAAUUUAAUUUUAAAAACAUACAGCAUCUCUUUUAGGUUUCACAGCUGAGUCACUGCAUUUUGUCAGCACCAUGGAAGAUUUAUGAAAGCGUAUGAAAAUCAGGCAAUAAUAAAGUUCUAAAGGUUCUUUUUCUGAGUUUAACAAGAUCAGAUAUGCUCUAAUCAUUUUCAUUAAGCAUUUUAAGCAGUUGAGCUGUGCAGUCUGACGUCAAUAUGUCAGACAACCUGGAAGGCUAAUUUACUGUGUUCCAUGGGGAAUUAAAAGACUUUCAUGUUUUGUUCUAGUAAUAUUAUCUGCAAACCUUAUUUUUUAUUUAUAAAUCAAAACGGCUGUAUAACCUGUUUAAAAUUCCUGAGGGAAUCCAUUGCUCAGAAAUGCUAAUUUUCUGCCAAGUUGUUUGGGAUUUAUAGAUUAUUUCCCUCAUUUUCAGUGGGUUAAU